CUGCAGCCAGAGUUCGGGUCUUUAGAUCCGGGUCUAUGGUUUCGCAGCGAGGCGCGGAAUUCUCUGUGGUUUCUGUCCCUCCAGACUGGAUCCCCGGCCUCUGGCAGCAUGAACAUCAACAAGAUAGCGAUCUUUGGAGCCACCGGCAGAACCGGGCUCGCCACCCUGGCACAGGCGGUGCAAGCAGGUUACCAAGUGACAGUGCUGGUGAGGGAUAUCUCCAAGCUACCCUCUGAUGGUCCCCAGCCAGCCCGGGUGGUGGUGGGUGAUGUCCUGCAAGCAGACAACGUGAAUGAAACUGUGGCAGGGCAGGAUGCUGUCAUUAUAUUGCUGGGCACCGGCAGUGACCUGAGUCCCACCACCGUGAUGUCAGAGGGCACCCGGAACAUUGUGGCCGCCAUGAAGGCCCAUGGCGUGGACAAGGUCGUGGCCUGCACCUCGGCUUUCCUCUUGUGGGACCCAGCUCAGGUCCCUGCCCGGCUCCAGGCAGUGACCGAUGACCACAUCCGUAUGCAUAAACUGCUGUUGGAUUCCGGUCUACACUACGUGGCUGUGAUGCCCCCGCACAUUGCUGGGGACCAGCCACUGACAGGAGCCUACAAUGUGACUGUGGAUGGACGGGGUCCCUUCAGAGUCAUCUCCAAACAUGACCUGGGACACCUCAUGCUUCGAUGCCUCACCACAACUGAGUAUGAUGGACAUAUCAUCUACCCUUCCCAUCAGUAUACCUAGGAGAAUGUGGAAUCCGUACCAUGAGCCUAGCCCCAACCCAGCCCGACCACGGGUGAGAAGGAGCAGCGCUUGGUCCUGUCCUUUGGAAGCAGGGAUAGCCCAUUGCUGAGUGGGGCUAUGGGAGGAAAGCAGCAAACAGAACAAUAAAAGAUCCUGUAGUACCAAGUA